AGAAAUUCAGUUAACAACUAAGACGCGCUCGAACAGGGCAGAGUUAUUCCAGCAAAAACCUAAGCCAUGCCCAUACACUGGGACUGGGACUGGGAGCACGAGCACGAGCAUGGCGGCGCCCAUUAUCACUGGCCACCCCGUCGACACUGGACGGGAUCGGCAGAGCCCAAGUGCCGUCAACGCCGCUACUAUCUGUCACACGAGCUAGACGUGUGCGCCAGAGACUUCCACUUGCGAGUGGACGACAGCGCCUGGUGUCACGGCUCCUGUCUGGUGGGACGCGUGGUUAUCGAGACGGGCACAGAGCCCGACUCCUUGGGUCGUGGCACCUUCAAGGUGGUCCUAGACGUUCAUCACUUCCACAUCUCCGAGCUCACAGUCAAGGCGAGGAACAGUGACACAAUUUGUGUGGAGGGUCAGCGGUCAGACGAUCGCGCGGACAAAGCCCAGCUGUGCAUUACCCGAGAAUUCUCUCGCACCUACAAGCUCCCCAGGCACUACGAUGGGACCCAAGCACGUGCGACUUUCUCCGCUGACGGCAUACUCAUGAUUACGGUGCCAGCACCACCAAAACUGGACGAUGUCGAGCGGGUGGUGGACAUUGAGCCCACUGGCAACUACUUUGGCAGCAUUGCGGAUCCCAGUGCAGCCAAGGCCAUAGAGCAGUCCACAGCAAGCGAAGGAGCCGAGGAGAAUGCUGCUGGCUCAGCGACGGACAAGUGAAGGAAACCAUUGGGCAGAAGGGUUCAUCCCUACACAGAGCACACGCACAAUAGGAUUGAAUUCUAGUUCUAGUUAGCACGUAGAAAGAGAAGAGAAAAUGUCUUCAGUACAGUAAGAAUCUACACUUCCGCUUGUGAUUUUGUUUGUCUGCCAAUAAAGGACUUUAUCAGCACGAA